GUUCUUAAUAUCACCGUUACUAUUGGCGAUAUAAUGAAUGUAAUCGCUACUUCAACGAUAAGAAUUAGUAAUUGUGAUCAAUCAACAAUAUCGACUUGUCUAUACCGACGCUGAUUGAUUGAAAUGAAGUAGAUAGCUCCCGGAAAGACAGAUUACCACGCACCAUGGCGUGCGUUAGUCGCUAAAACGUCAUUCCAAGGUUAGCGAUGUGAGCGUCUUCAGUUUAUUUGGAAAGAGGAUUUAAUAACAGUGAUUCAAACAUUUGUGAUCCAUUAAUUGAUCUACAGCGGUUCGCUCAGCACCGCCUUAUUACUGGUAGUCUUUUAGUGCAAUAUUCCCGUUACCUUUGUGAUUUCAAAUUCAUGCAUCUCAUCGGAUUAUUACUGACAUUGUUAAAUCACGAUUGCUCUUUAAUCAGUAAUCAGUUAACCAGUUCGCCGAUACAAUCACCAGGUUUACUUUGCAUCUGACGAUAUGAGUACUUCAAGGCAAUCCAAUUCAGUCUAAAAUUCUGUCUCCAUCAGUCAGGGUUGAGUUCCAUCUUGACAUAAGCAUUAAUUCGUACAACGCGUCGGAAGGUAUUCCAUAGAUUUCCAACCUUAUUAUUACUGUGCCCAAGUUCGGAGGUCCCGGAGACAUGAACAGUAGUUUUGUGUUUCGUCAGAUGUUAAUCGCAAUAACAUGUACACUUGUUAUGUUUGACAAUGGUUUCCAAGACGGAUGGGCGACGCCGUCCAUUCCGGAACUCGAAUCCGAAGACUCGAAUAUAUCGGUGACCGGCGGUCAAAUAUCAUGGAUCAUAGCAUUUCUGCAUGUCGGCAUAGCAGUCGGACCUUUCGUCGCGUUCUAUUUGAUGGAAAAAAUCGGGAGAAAAUGGACGCUGGUCUGCUCAGCAGUGCCGAAAAUUUUGGCGUGGAUUUUGAUAGCCUUUGCACCGAAUUAUUGGGUACUCUACUUAGCCAGAUUCUUAGCUGGUAUUGGUUCCGGUAUAACGCUGACAGUGACGCCAAUUUACAUCGGUGAAGUUGCCGACAAGAAAAUGAGAGGACCGAUGAGCACGACGAUUGCCGUAAUGAUAAAUGUGGGGACCUUGGUUGUCUAUGCGAUUGGUCUCUACGUAUCUCGAAUGACACUGGCUCUGACUUGCCUCUCAGUGCCGAUUAUAUUUCUCCUGACAUUCAUAUGGAUGCCUGAGUCACCGAUGUAUCUCGUGAAAAACAAAAGGAUCACCGACGCAGAGAUGGUGUUGAAAUGGUCACUCGUCAAGGAAAACGUCGAGGACGAACUCGAGGAAAUAAAACGUUACGUUUACAGAGAUGACGAUACGAAGCAACAAAGCAUUUGGAAAAAUGCGGGUGAAAUCGUAUCGAGGCGAGGUAACAGAAAAGCUCUAAGGAUCACCCUCAUCUGCUUCAGCGGUCUCAUGCUCUCUGGAAACGUACCGGUCCUUUCGUACCAGGCGGAGAUAUUCAAACGAGCGCAUCUCAGCAUCUCGACGAACUUCAGCGUGAUCGGUGCCGGUCUGAGCUUAGUCGUAGCAGGAUGGGUCUGCGUUUCCAUCGUCAAGUUCACCGGCAAACGCACUCUGCUACUGAUAUCAGCUCCGUUCACCGCCUUCUUCUUGGCAGCGAUCGCUCUGUACUUCACCCUCGAAGAGUACGGGGCUGAGGUUGACUCUGUCAACUGGAUUCCGCUGGUCUGUAUGGUGGGAUAUGUUGUAUUCUACGCCCUCGGACUAGACUCAAUGGCAUACGCUUAUCAGGGAGAAGUAUUUCCCGACAACGUCAAAGCUCUAUCGGCGAUGAUAUGCUCGCUCUUCUACGCCAUUUUGGGCGUCGUUACUGUCCAGCUGUUCCAGAUUCUUUGGGACAAUUACGACAUAGAGGUCCCCCUAUGGGUCUUCGCUGGUUUCACGACAAUCAUGUGGGCGAUCAUCUAUGUAAUCGUUCCUGAGACCGAAGGAAAGAGUCUCGAAGUUAUACAACGGGAACUGCACGAGGAGAAGACAACCAAGCAAAUUAUCUCACGUGCUUCAAGCUUAAUAUUCACGUGAUGCUUUCAGAUCCUAGGUGCAUCAAAUUUGAGUUGUUUGGUUACACAUGCAUUAAGCGCGUAGAUAUCGAAUGUCGCAGCCAUGGCUUCGCAGAACCUUCGAAACUCGUGGACAUCGAGUUUAGAUAUCUAUCAUUUACUGCAGAACGCGUCAUCAGCGGCAAGGUGCAGUUAACUUUUUUCCCCAACGGCCUUCAGAAGAUUAAGAAACCUGUAUAUUUUCACGUAAAACCAUAAGGCUUGAGAACAUUUCAUCAGGAAAAUGGUAACGGGGAGCACGCGUGAACCAUUCCGAAGGCUAUCCCAUAAAAUAGUAGAGAUGCUAUCGCCAUUGGUAUCCUACAGUUGAAUUCUUUUUUCUAGUUUGCUAUUCUAAGUACGUGUAUGUCGACUCUAUUUAUUUUGUCUUUUGUCACCGUACGUUUUAUUAAGUAACACCGAUUCCAGUAACGCAACUUUAUUCUCACUCGUGAACGAUCAGACGGUGACGAAUGAAAAAUGAGCAGAAAGAAAUUGCUGAGAAAAGCGUUUGCGGAGCUUCAGAUAAGACCAUCUAGUUAUAUUAUUUAUCCCUACGAAUAGAAUA